AGCCCAGUGUGAGACUGACUUCAGUGACGCCCCCUAGUGGCCGACAUCCGGCCAUGCUGAUGUGCAGUGUCUACAACUUCUACCCCAAAUACAUCAGUGUCACCUGGCUGAGAGACGGACAGCCGGUGACCUCUGACGUCACUUCCACCGAUGAGCUGGCAAAUGGUGAUUGGUACUACCAGAUCCACUCCUACCUGGAGUACACGCCCAGGUCUGGAGAGAAGAUCACCUGCAUGGUGGAACACGCCAGUUUCCCCUCUCCUAAGAAAGUGGACUGGAAUCCCUCCAUGUCACAAUCAGACAGAAACAAGAUCGCCAGCGGAGCGUCAGGUCUGCUUCUGGGUUUGAUUUUGUCUUUGGCAGGUCUGAUCUACUAUACGUGGAUCCUGAAGUAG